AACAAAAAAAAUAAACCACCUUCCCCUCUUUCUCUUUUAACACUUCGGUCCGAAAAAAAACCUUAUAAAACACAAACAGACGACUCCUUUCGAUGCUUUAAGGAACACAACCGUAAUGGAUACUGACGAGAGAAUGACGGCUUUGAAGAGGGCGUAUGCGGAUAUAAUCUUGAAUACGGCGAAGGAGGCUGCAGCGAGGAUUAUGUCGUCUGAACAGAAAGCUGUUCGGUAUAAGCACGAGCUCAAAGUGGCGAAAGAAGAGGCGCUUGGGAUGCUGUUGCGUCUCAAGCAGAUGAUGGAUUCUAAGAUUAGUGAAUCAGAGUUGACGUCCUUAAGUCAACAGAGGAAGAUUGAAGAACUUGAAGCUCAACUUCAGGAAGCGGAAGAUAUUGUGAAUGAUCUCAGAGUGGAGCUGAGGGAAGUUCAGGCUGAACUUGAGAGGGUGACCAGCUGCAAAGAGAAAGGAGCACAGAACUUAGAGGAAGUUGACACUGCUACUCGCGGAGAACUACCCGAGGAGAACAGAGUUGUGUUGCCUCCAGAAUCACAGGAGGAGUCUGUGACAAUUUCUAACAACGAAGUUAUGAAUAUGAAGCAGAAAAAUCAGUGCUCUCAGUCGUGUAGCAAAAUGGUUCAAAUUGGAAAACUUAAAGUUGCAGGUCCAGAUUUACCCUCUAUAAUUUUGAGAAGUAAAGUGCCAGAGCUAUACAGAAAUGGGUGUACACAGAGAAUUCGUGCUUGUGAAGGAAACCUUUUAGAUGGAGAUUUAUCUGUUUGUAAAGGAGUUGAAAAGAUUAAAAAUGAAAAUGGUGAUGGAGUAGAUGAAGGGAUCUGUUCAGCACCUAUUAAUAAAGUUGAUGAUGUGGUUAAUCCACAUGAAAAUAUUCAACAAGCAGAUGACUUGCUUAGCAGUUGGCACCUGCUAAAAUCUUUUCGCCAAAAAAGAAGAAGAGCUAUGAGAACUAGGAAAUCCGAUUAUUCUUCACCAAGAAGCAGUCCUGAUGAUUUCCUGAAUAUUGAUAAAACAUCAAACACUGGUAGCUUGACUGCUCACUCCAGCCUUGCGAGCGAUUGUGCUCCUGGUGAAGAUCCUUCAAAUAUGGGCCCCAGCUUGUCGAUAGAAAAAGCUGAACCAGACAUGAAGCCGGGAUUAACUGAAAUGUACGUAGAUGGACCGCUGAUUGCGAGACCUUUUCGCCGAAAAAGAAGAAGAGUUGUGAGAAAUUGGAAAGCCGAUCGUCCAUCUCCAAGAAGCAGUCCUGAUCAUCUCCUUGAUACUGAUAAAACAUCAAAUACUGGUGGAUUGACAGCUAAUUCCAGCCCUGCUAGAGAUUGUGCUCCUGGUGAAGAUCCUUCUCAGAUGGGCCACAUCUUGUCAAUAGAAAAAGCUGAACCAGACAUGGAGCUGGGAUUCACUGAAAUGUAUGAAAAUGAAACGCAGUCUGCUGAAACUUCUGGUGUUUUGAAUGCAACAGUCGAGGAUCAGUUAGUGAUGGCAAAGAUAGAUCCUCCCAGACACGAAAGUAGAUCUUUGGAGAGCUUAGAGGUUCCUGUAAACAGAACCGAUUUUGAAAAUGUUAGCAGUCAGUUAUUGAACUCAUUGUCAAAGAUAGCUGAUGUAAAUGGUGAAGUUCCUAGCCAAACUCUGAAUGAUAGGGUCAUUAAAUACACCUUUCAAAGAAAGAGGAAGAGAGAACAGUUGAAUGUAUCAGAAGAGAAUGCACCAAUUGAGAAGAGCUCUUCAAAGGAAUUAAAUGGAGAAAAACGAAAUGGUCAUGUAGAGCGCUCUUCAAAGGAAUUAAAUGGAGAAAAACUGAAUGGUCAUGUAGAGCUCUCUUCAAAGGAAUUAAAUGGAGAUAAACUGAAUGGUCAUGUAGAGCCAAAAAUGUCAAAUUCAGCUACAGAAUCAUCACGAGACAGUCGCCGAAUGGCACAGGUCGCUCGACAGCUAAUUUCUUUGUCUGAGAAGAAGUGGUGGAAGUGAAUAAGAGUUCACACCAACACGAGUAGUGGCAGCAAAAUCCAUGAUGUUCUUUCCACCUUUGGAGAUCAUUUCAAGAAAGGAUGUGAUGGAUAAGGACUGAGAGUUGAUCGAAUUGAUAAAUGAAGGCAUGAUAUCUGAUAGAGUUAACGAUGUUUUUUUGUUUCAAUGUUGUCGUACUAUGAUAUAUAUAAAAUUGGCUAUUGUUCACCGUUAAUGUUUAAUUAUUUUCAGUAAGAAUCUCAAUUGUCUGAUUUAAACAUCUGCUGAUUCCUGCAUCUAGUAUUUUCCUAGAUGACAAUUCUGGCUGAGUUUUUGGCCUUCAUUGCUCAUUUAAAGGGCUGCUGAUUUCUGUUGCUACA